AAUCACAAAUAGAAAUUCCCAAAUUUUCACUGUUAGGGUUCCACUUCCACUACUUCUUCUGGAGAAAUGGAGGAAAGAUUAGCAGUUGAUGAAACAAUUGAAAGGAGACACCCAGCACCAUCACCAAAUCUUGCAGCACCAUGGCUAGUGAUACCAUUUCAAGAAGAAGGUAAUACUCCAAAUCAGGCUUUCUAUAACAUUUGUGAACCGAACAAGAAAUCAAUUAGAAAAUCCGUACCUGAACUGAGUGGUAGGAACAGAAUGUAUCAGAAACCAUCUCAUCAAGGAUGGGUAGUUGUUUAUUAUGAUGAUGACGAUGAUGAUGAUAGUGGUAAUUUUGGGAAUUGUUUUUUAUGGAACCCUUUAUCGUUAGAGAAAAUUCCAUUACCUAAUUUUGAUGAAUUGAUUUUCGAUACAUACGGUGAACAAGAUUAUCGUAUUCACGAUUGUGUUUUGUCAUCGCCACCGCCGAAAAAUAAUCUUGUUCAAGAUAAUGCUUCAAUGGUUUAUUUCUUGGUUUCUGGAUGCGUUAAUGAAAUUUAUACUGAUUCAAUGCCAAUGAUAGCGUUUUGUUGUGUUGGCGAUUCAGAAUGGAGAAAACUAGGGAUUCCUAAAGGAUUAGUAGGUGAGAGUGGUUUGAAUUCAUUCAUUUGCUUUAAAGAUAAAAUAUAUGUAAUGGGUUGUGAUGAUUAUUGUCAACUUGUGGUUCAGAAGCUAGUACCACCUGUAGGUUGUGAUUAUACUAGUAUUCGCCUUGAAAUUAGACGACUAGAGGUCAGCAUUGUUCAUUCUGCUUUUUCAUAUAUAGGAGGAUACUCAUGUGUACAUAACGUAUACUUCCUGGAGUCGGAUGAAGAAAUCUACAGAAUUGAAAUGAUGUGUUUGGACAGAAGAGGUUACGUUAAUGUGGUUGUCUCAAUCGAUGUGUCAAGGUUGGAUUUCUCUAAGAUGUCCUGGGAGGAAGUGAAUCGUUUAGGUGAUACAGUGCUAUUUCUCGGCCAAAGUACUAAAUGUUUCUGCUCCGCGGCUGCCUUGGGUCUUAGCAAGGGUUGUCUUUAUUACACGUUACCCGAAGAUCAAAGUUUAUACAUGUUUGAUGUAGAGGACAAAUGCACUACCACUAUCUUGCCUUGUUCCAACUUGCCAACACCAUGCUAUUCCUCGCAGUGGAUAAUGAUGCCUUUACCAACAUUCAGUGUCGCUGUUGAAGGAAGAAUUGUAGAAAAUAUGUCAAGCAAAGUAAGACAAGACGAUUACACAGUAAAGGCGAAGAAAACUGAAGAAUUAAUCAUCAAAGAUGACAACGAGAAUCCAAGGAAAAGACAAAAGAAGGAAAUUCUACAAGAACCACGUUGGGGCGUUAUUCAUGUGGACAUUGUGGAGUCGAUUGCAAGUCAUCUUCAUCCCGUGGAUGUCUUACAUUACCGUGCAGUCUGUAAAGCAAAUAAGGUUCCGAUAAUGAAGAAGAUUUCCGGGGCAAUUAGAAGCACAGAUUUAACUCCAUGGCUGUUGUAUUCAACAGAGAAUUCCACUCAGUACAAUUUUGUAGAUCCCAUGCAUAAUAACGAGAAGUACCUCAUGAAGCUCCCUGAAUUGCUAGAAGGUGCAUCCAUUCGCUGUCAAAAGGGUGGUUGGCUAUUGAUGUCAAAAGGUAGGUUUACCUUAUUCUUCUACAAUCCCUUUACAAAGGAGACCAUUCACCUUCCGGGGUUGUCACCUGGUUAUGAGUUUGCUGGUGUUACAUUCUCCUCUUUACCAACUUGCUCAGACUGUGUAGUUAUUGGCAUUAAUCAACAAAAUGAAGAAGACAUUUCCAUUUGCAUUAUUCAAAGGGGAGCUAACACUUGGAUAUUUAGAUCAUUUCAAAAUAGUAAUUUGGAGAAGUACAUGCCAACUUUUAUCGCACCAGUUAUUGACAAGGGACAUUUUUUUUGCGCCGAUUUUAAUGGAACCUUGGGAGAUAUGCAUGGUGGUGAUUUUGAAGUUGUGGAAAGGCCUCCUGGACACUCUAAUGCUGCAUAUGUUAGUUUCUUGGUAAAAUGUGAAACCGAGCUUUUGAUGGUGCAAAUGCUUGGGAUGUCUGUUACAAUAUAUAGGUUAGAUAGCUUAAAUAUGGUCUGGCAGAAAGUUGAGAGUUUGGGCAAGCAUAUGCUGUUUAUCAGUUUUACAUCAUGUCUCUCAGCUGUUGCCCCGAAAAGUUGCAUGGAGAACAAAGUCUAUUUCCCGAGAUUGCACGGCGACCGAAUUUUAUACUACUCGCUUGAGACAGGUAGUUAUCAUUCAGUUGGAAGUAUGCAUUGUGCCAAGGAUUAUUUUGACACGAAGUGUUGGACAAACUGCACAUGGAUUGAGCCUAAUUGUUCUCAUUCCACAUCUAAAGAGCUCAACUGGCUUAACAAGAAUCCUCUCUGAACCAGUACUAGUUUCUUCUUUGUUAGUCUAUAUUAGGAUUUAAUCUGGGUUUACUUGUUUAUAUUUUGUUGAAGUUGAAUUAUAGAUGUGUACUUGCUAUGAGUAUAUUUUGCUUGUGUUUCAGACUACCUAUACUUUGGUGUCAGAUUACUGCAAUAGAUUGAUCUAAUUAUUCCUUCUUGAUUA